AUGGGUAUUCCAAUUAAAGCCGAGAAAACGGAGUACCCUGCCCAGGUCAUGUCUUUUAUGGGUUUAGAGCUAGAUUCGGUUGAGAUGGAAGCCAGAUUACCUAAUGAUAAAUUGUACAAACUACGCACACUCCUGCAACAGUAUACAAAGCGUAGGAAGGUCAAACUAGUGGAACGACAAUCCCUACUUGGUUUACUUAAUUUUUGUUGUAGUGUUGUCUUGCCAGGGCGUUCUUUUAUGCGCAGAUUGUCCGAGCUUACUAAAAAGUUAAAAAAAACUCAUCAUCGCAUCUCACUGACAGCAGAGAGUAGGCGGGACAUUCGGGCCUGGCUUCUCUUCAUUUCACAUUUCAAUGGUAAAAAGCUUUUGUUGGAUUUCAAGUGGGUGACAGAUAAAACGUUACACCUGUUUACAGAUGCAGCAGGGGCUUUAGGUUAUGGGGCUAUUUAUAGCUCACACUGUUUUUUUGGAAGCUGGCCUUCCCAUCUGGUACAUCACCAGAUCACAUUUAAGGAAUUGUUUCCAAUUGUUCUUUCCUUAGAAAUCUGGGGUCCGCAACUGAUGAAUAAAUGCAUUAUUCUUCAUUCAGACAAUGAAGCUGUGGUAUACAAAAUUAACAUGCAAUCUAGUAAGGAUAAAUACAUUAUGGUUCUAGUCAGACGCCUGGUAUUAGCAUGCAUGAAAAACAAUAUUCUUGUGAGAGCCGCUCACAUCCCGGGUAAGGCCAAUACUUUACCUGACUUACUUUCCCGUUUGCAGACAGACAAGUUCCGGGCUUUAUCCACAGCAAUGGACGACAUGCCAUCAGUAGUCCCGGAACAUCUGUUAGAAAUUUGA